GCAAAAGCUGCCGAUAGUAAACGAUAGAGGUCACUGUAACGCGUAUCCAAAAGACAUCACUUAUUUGUGGAUGAAGAAGAAAAACAACUUCCGUGAAAACAGCACAUGGGAAAGAGAAGAGAUGUUUACUCAAAACUAUAUACGUGUUACGAGGAUCAAUAACUGUGGGUGGGGAAACCUUUAGAUCCGCUGCUACUUCUGCUACUUAUCUUCGAAGGAGCGCAGUUUUAACCAUGACAAGGUGGGCCCGAGCUAACAAUAUCCACCGAAACAAACCAUCUGAGGCCACUCCAUGGAACCAGCUGCGAACAAGAGGGCGAGGAGAGGCUCGUGCUAGUGGCAGCUCCACUAACUCCUCAAAAUCUGAAAAAGGACUUCAGAAAGAACUCCUGCGGAGGACUCAGCCCCAGGGAACUGCUUUAAAGAAAACGAAUCGUAAAAAGGACUAUGUCAGUGAGGAUGUAAAUGGAUUCAUAGAGUAUCUCCAGCAGAGUGGCCAGCUGCAGCCCAAAACUGAUAAAGAAAUUCAACCACGAGAACUGGAUUUCACAGCGGAGGUGGAAACUGCUUUGAAAAAAGAGCAGAGGAGGGAAGACCGAAGGAUUAAACGACAAAAGGACAAGAAAAACAAAAUGCUUUGUUUUAACUGUAGAAAACCAGGCCAUGGCUUAGCAGAUUGUCCAGAGGCUGACAGAGAUGAGGAGAUGGGCAGAGGCAUUUGUUACCGCUGCGGCUCCACUGAACAUGAAAUUCAGAAGUGUAGAGCUAAAGUAGACCCUGCUUUAGGAGACUAUCCAUUUGCAAAAUGCUUCAUCUGUGGACAAACUGGACACUUGUCACGCUCCUGCCCAGAUAAUCCAAAAGGGCUUUAUGCACAAGGAGGAUGCUGCCGUGUUUGUGGUUCUGUGGAGCAUUUUCAGAAAGACUGUCCAGAGCAUCAGGCAUCAACAAACACCAUGACACUAAACUGGUUAUCCAACAAUAUGAGUGCGGACCAUGAGGAUGUGCACAUACCAGUGAAGAAGGCUAAGCCCAAACAGGCUAAAGUUGUGGUGUUUUGAUGUGAAUAAACUGUGCUGAUGCAUGGAGCCACUGACCAAUGACCUGAUCAGUCAAUUACAAUUUGGAUAUUUCACAUGUAAUUUCACUGACAUUUCACAGUUUUCACUAUUUCCACUAUGUAUUGUGGCCUUUACAGAUGGUUUAUUCACUCUGGUGGCUAUAAAUAAAAAAAAAAGUGUUGUGGA